GUUGGUGGGGUAGAUCCUUCUUCCACGGAAAGUGGUAGGAACCAGGGUGGGUGAGAAUGGGCCUGUGUCCAAUUGGCUUGUGUUUAUCUAGAGGUGAGGUGUGUGUGCAAGGGGCAGUGAGAGGUGGGGAUGGUUGUGCCUGCUUGUUAACAAAGAAGUGGGACCUGGAACACCCAGGAUGGCCAUCUUCCUUUCCUCCUGCUCGGGUCUUUUUGGUACAUGGGUAUAUCUGGAGGUGGGUGUUUUGGGGGCACUGCUGGAGCAUGGCCAAUGGACUAAGAGAUGGCAUUUCCACACGCCCCUAUUUCACCAUUUCCUAACCCAGAAACUGCUGAGUCACAGAGGAAUUGCUUGACCUCCUUAUUUCUCUCCCGAGCUCGCUUCCAGAAUCUUUGAGUGGUAAAGGAUCUAGGGCUCAUCUACUCCAGCCCCUUCAUGGCAUAUUGAGGAGGCAGAGGGCAGGUAGGGCUCUCCCAGAAGGUGCCCAUCUGACUUUCUCAAAUGUGUUCAGAGACAAUUAAUUAGCCCCCUUCCUAGAGCCCUUUAAGAAAUCAAACAGCUCCCCAAAUGAACACUUAGGAUGCACAUGAGAAGAUUGGAAAGGACUCUGCGAAGGGCGCUGGCACACAAUCCAAAACAUGUACGAUGUGUGCUGGCUCUGUGGGUCCUGGUGACACACGUGAUGUAUAUGCAAGAUUACUGGAGGACCUGGCUCAAGGGGCUGCGUGGCUUCUUCUUCGUGGGCGUUCUCUUCUCAGCUGUCUCCAUCGCCACCUUCUGCACCUUCCUCGUGCUAGCCAUCACCAGACACCAGAGCCUCACAGACCCCAGCAGCUACUACCUGUCCUGCGUCUGGAGCUUCAUUGCCUUCAAAUGGGCCUUCCUGCUCAGCCUCUAUGCCCACCGCUACCGGGCUGACUUUGCUGACAUCAGCAUCCUCAGCGAUUUCUGACCCAGGGAGUGAGGUCUCUGCACCGGGGGUCCUCAGGACCUGGACUCAGCUUCUGAGAGAUCAGGUGGGCCUGCCCCACCCCCGGGGACCCCAGAACUGUGGCAGAAAAUACACAGCAGGAGGACCUUGUCUCCUGGGAAGCUGCCCCUCUCCUUUGGGGAGACCUAGGUGCUGUGGAAAGGGGUCCUGCCGUGUUGCUCCUCAUUGGUCUGGCCGGAGAGCAGCUUUUCUAAUGCGUCUAUUUUCUUAGCACUCAGUGAGGAAUCUUUGUAAGCAGGGCCCGGGUGAUAGUCAAGGGGCGGUGAGGCCUUGACCUACGCCUGGGGGCAGGGGGCAGGGGGUUUGAUCCCUGCCACCCCAAGAAUGCUCCCUCAGGCCCAGGUGGGAACCUAGCGAGGUCAGGUCAAGUAAGGGGUCCCUAGUAGAGACCUCUCAACACCAACCCCAGCACCUCAUCCUCGUUCCUCCAAAGGGUUUGGGGACUUGAGCAGAGUUCGGGGUCCCUUUUCCACCCACAGCUGGUCUCCCAUGAGUGUGCAAGAGCCAGUUAUCUUCUUCACCACUUGAAAUCCUCCAUCUUACUUGUACCACACACUGCAGAGGACUCAACAAAUGAGGCCAGACUAAGGGUCUUGCGGGAAGGUGCUCCUGCCCCCAGAAGGGCUUUGGAGGGACCCCAGACCUUGCCCACACACCUCCAGCCCUGCAUUUCCCCUCCCCCUCCUCACACCUGCCCAUCACACCCAGAUCACCCAGAACACCCCCUGGCCAUGAGAUGCCCCACCCCCAACACUCCGGCCCCUUCUCACUGCCCUUCCCCUAAAGCUUGUCUGUUUUAAUCUCUCUUCUGAAAGACGAAAUCUGCUCUCCACACAUACACUGGCCCAAGGGCUCACCUGACUCGGGAGGGAAGGGGCUACUGGUACGUGUAUCUUUUUGUUAGUUUGCCAUUUUGCACAGUCUACCCUUUUCCCACCUGUGUCCAGCUCCUCAGCUCUUCGCCUUAUCUGUGUCACUGUCACUUUAGCAGAAAUACAGCGGCCAUUUGUAUCAGACA